AAAUACUGGACGUUGCAAAUUCCUCAGAUCUUCUUCGCUGCUGAAAACCUCAGAAUUUGAAGCCCUAAGAUUUCUACUCAGUCCACCACAGUCGUCUUCCUCAGUUGAUCAGGAUAUUGAGUGGAAAUGCAUCACGCUUCGGCGACGGUCGAGGAGCAGUUGUUGCUAAAAGCAAUCAAAGAAGAAUGCCCCUGGGAAAAUCUGCCGAAACGGCUCCAAGCGACAUUGUCUUCGAAAGAAGAAUGGCACCGAAGGGUCGUUGAGCAUUGCAUAAAGAAAAGACUGCAAUGGAGCAGUUGUUUUGCUCGGAAAAUGUGCAAAGAAAGUGAAUAUUAUGAAGACAUGAUGCGAUACUUGCGAAGGAAUCUAGCGCUGUUUCCCUAUCACCUUGCCGAGUAUGUUUGUCGUGUAAUGAGGGUAUCACCUUUCAGAUACUACUGUGAUAUGAUUUUUGAAGUUAUGAAAAAUGAGCAACCGUAUGACAGCAUCCCCAAUUUUAGUGCUGCAGAUGCCUUGCGACUUACAGGGAUAGGAAGAAAUGAAUUUAUUGAUAUAAUGAACAAGUGCAGAUCUAAGAAAAUUAUGUGGAAGCUGAACAAGUCAAUUGCAAAGGAACUUUUACCUACACAACCUGUGGAUUUUGCUAUUGAACCAUGGUGGGGGAUUUGUCUAGUGAAUUUUACACUGGAAGAAUUUAAGAAACUUUCGGAGGAAGAAAUGGCUACAAUAGAUAAAGUAUGUAAAGAGGAAGCAAAUUCUUAUAUCCUGUUCGAUCCUGUUAUUAUUAAGGGUCUUCACCAACGAGGAUUAAUAUACUUUGAUGUUCCUGUGUAUCCCGAUGAUCGUUUUAAAGUUUGCAGGCUUGAAGGAUUUGUUUCGAACAGAGAGCAAUCUUAUGAAGAUCCUAUAGAGGAGAUACUAUAUGCAGUAUUUGUUGUUUCAAGUGAGAAUGCAACUGUCGCUGAGCUGGCAUCAACACUACAGGCUGACCUUGCACAGCUGCAGGCUGCUGCAUCUUUUGCAUGUCGAUUGGGAUGGGCCGUAAAAGUAUUUGACCCAGCAUCUGUUCUUCAAGAUACAGGUUUAUCGGGAUCUCCUAGAAACAGUCUUACUGAUGAAGAUCCAUCUGGUCGUAGUAUGGGCUCAAGGAAUAUGUUUGCUGAUGGUGAUGCUACUCUACAAGGUGAUGCUUCAGGGAGAGAAAACUAUGGGCCAUUUUCUGCACAGGAUCGUGUUGCAUUUGUCGUUGAUGCAAACAUAACAUCCUAUCUUAUGAUGGGAUCUGUUUCACCAGGCCUGAAAUCUCAUGCUGUGACACUAUACGAAGCGGGAAAGUUGGGUCAUGCUAGCAUUACAGAUCUUUGCAAGGAUCUUAGUACGCUAGAGGGAACCAAAUUUGAAGGAGAACUACAGGAAUUUGCAAAUCACGCAUUUAGCCUUCGUUGUGUUUUGGAAUGUCUUCAAUCAGGAGGGGUUGCAACUGAUGUGAAAGCUGACAAACUUUACAAUAAGAUGGAUAUGAUAAACUCCAACGAUGAUCAGACUACACUCAUACCUGAUGUCCCUCUGCCUAACGAAUCAGGAGACCUUAGUACACAUGAAGUCACAAUUGAUGAUGAUGGUUCUGAGAAAUCAGAGAUGCCCCGGGAUGGUUCUGUUUUGGUCGAAGAUGUGAAUGAUAUUACAAGUGAGGAAGUAAAGAUUGGUACUUCAUCAGAAGAUAUCACUUGCUUAAAUGAAGACUCUAAAUCAGAUUCUAAACAUGAAAGCAGUGAGAAACUGAUACCUGAUGAAGGUUCAGAUGUUGGAGGAGAAUUGCAUAAGAGGAAAAAGAAAUUCCGAGUGGAUAUCCUUCGUUGUGAAAGUUUGGCGUCCCUGGCACCAGCCACUUUGGAUCGGUUGCUUCGUCGUGACUACGAUAUAGUUGUGUCUAUGGUUCCUCUUCCUCCUUCGUCAGUACUUCCUGGACCUACAGGUCCUAUUAAUUUUGGUCCUCCCUCUUAUUCAUCCAUGACUCCUUGGAUGAAAAUAGUAUUGUACUCAGCUGUUGGCUGUGGACCUCUAUCUGUUAUUCUGAUGAAGGGACAGUGCUUACGCUUGCUUCCUGCACCACUAGCUGGUUGUGAGAAAGCCCUUUUAUGGUCUUGGGAUGGUUCUACAGUUGGAGGGUUGGGAGGCAAGUUUGAAGGAAAUCUAGUAAAGGGAUCUAUACUUUUACAUUGCUUAAAUUCAAUUCUUAAAUACUCUGCUGUACUAGUGCAGCCCCUCAGUAGAUAUGACCUUGAUGAAUCAGGUAGAAUCGUUACGAUGGAUAUUCCAUUACCGCUGAAGAACUCUGAUGGUUCAAUUGGUUGUAUGGGGAAGGAAUUGGAACUGUGUGAAAAAGAAAGUUCAAAGCUGGAUUCUGUGUUAACUGAUUUGGCAAACAAGAUAGAAUUGUGGACAGUUGGCUACAUUCGUUUAUUGAAACUUUUCAAAGAAAGAGAUUCAGACCACUUUGCGCCUGAUGAGGAGAAGUAUGAAUGGGUCCCGUUAAGUGUGGAAUUUGGAAUGCCACUGUUUAAUCCUAAAUUGUGCAAUAAUAUUUGCAAAAGAGUGGUAUCAUCACAAUUACUUCAAAAGGAUUUAUUUACCGAGCAUCAUGAUUCAAUGCAAAGCUUACGGAAAAGGUUGCGUGAUGUUUGCACAGAGUACCAAGCAACAGGAGCCGCCGCAAAACUUCUUUACCAGAAAGAGCAACCAAAGGACUUCUCACGGCAUCUCAUGAAUUACGUGAGUGGAAGGUGGAAUCCUCUUAUAGACCCUUCUUCUCCGAUUUCAGGAGCUUCAAGUGAGCAUCAGAGACUAAAACUAGUUAGUAGACAUCGUUCCCGAACUGAAGUUUUGAGCUUUGAUGGCAGCAUUCUAAGAUCAUAUGCUCUAUCUCCUGUUUAUGAGGCUGCCACAAGGCCAGUAGAAGAUUCCCCUUCAGUGAGCACACCAAAAAUUGAGCAAGAAGAAGCUGACAGCAGAGACGUUGUCCUUCCUGGUGUUAAUCUUCUUUUUGAUGGCUCAGAGUUGCACCCCUUUGAGAUAGGUGCUUGUCUACAGGCUCGGCAACCAGUCUCAUUAAUAGCAGAGGCAGCAGCUGCUUCUGCAUCUUUGCAACAUAAUAGAGCUUCAUCCUAGAAAUGUGGUUUGGUGGCAUUUAUAGACUCAUCGUGUUACUAACAAGUAACAAGUAACUGCCACAUCCUUCAUGCUUAUAGUUUGGCUCGUCUGCUCAUCUUUGAGGUUGGCAAAAUGUGCGUGUGCUCCAGUUGGUUCAGAGGUAGGUGAUUUGGUACAAAAAUUUGUCUGAUCAUGGAUACAUCCUGGGGUUUGUAACUAUAAUGAAAAGAGACAGAACACCGGUUUUGUUAAGUAUACAUCAAUCAAACAUGCUGUUGGUGACUUAUAUCCACCAUUGAAAGAAAACACUUAUUUUUUUUGUCAUUUUAAGUAUUUGAUAUUUGUUUUUUGGGUGGGGAAGAUAUAGAUGCCAUGCUCAAGCGUCGCACAAUUCCGAAUUGAGAAUAUGUGAAAGCAUUCUUGGAUAGCAAGAGAAGAAUUAGAGAAAAGAAGUCAUUCUUCUGCAAAACUGUUUCAAUUCGUUAGGUGAUAGUUUUUUACUUUUUUCUCUCAUUUUGAAGAAAUUUUUUCCAGUCACAUUCCUUUU